UGACUGCGGUGUACCCUUUACGAAAUCAAACCCCUCCUUUGUGUUUUCUCCUUCAAUUCGAUUCGCUUCUCGUCAUCUCCAAUUCUCUCAUCACUACCAAUAUUUUGUCUCUCUGUUUUUAUCUUUGAUAUAAUGUCAGAUGAUCAAAUGAGUCUAUCAAUAAAUGGUCAAUCUCAAGUUCCCCCAGGUUUCCGGUUCCAUCCAACCGAAGAGGAGCUUCUUCACUACUAUCUUAGGAAGAAAGUUGCCUUUGAGAGGAUUGAUCUUGAUGUAAUUCGAGAAGUUGAUCUUAAUAAGCUUGAGCCAUGGGACAUUCAAGAGAAGUGCAAAAUAGGUUCCACUCCACAAAAUGAUUGGUACUUCUUCAGUCACAAGGACAAGAAAUACCCAACCGGAACUCGAACCAAUCGGGCAACCACUGCUGGGUUUUGGAAGGCCACCGGGCGGGACAAGAUCAUCUAUAGCGGCUUCAAAAGAAUUGGAUUGAGGAAGACACUUGUGUUUUAUAAGGGUCGAGCUCCUCAUGGACAAAAGUCAGAUUGGAUCAUGCAUGAAUAUAGGCUUGAUGAAAGCAACACUCAUGAAACCACCGUUUCUAGCUCAAUGGGGGAGUCGAUGACCGAAGAAGGGUGGGUGGUCUGCCGGGUAUUCAAGAAGAAGAACUAUCAGAAAGCUUUAGAGAGCCCUAAAGCCUCCUUCUCCAUGGACUCAUCAAACAACCAAAUGCAUGGUUCAAGAAACGAUGGUGUUCUUGAUCAAAUACUGAUGUACAUGGGAAGGACUACUUGCAAGCUGGAAAAUCAUGAUCAAUCCUUAACCAUGAAUAACAUCUCAGAAAGAUUUAUGCAUCUGCCAAGGCUUGAGAGCCCAACUCUUCCAAACCUUCCCACUUUCGAUCAGGAACGUAGCUUCAAAGCUUGCUAUUCGGCCAUUGACGACAUGUUCAUAGAAACUGAGCCUUCUUCAACAAACCAACCAAGCAAUGGUUGUCACAAUAAUGACCUAGUCGAUGAUCAUGAGUACCCCAAAACAAGGCUAAAUGACUGGGCUACCCUUGAUAGGCUUGUGGCAUCCCAACUAGGUCAACUCAAUGGCCAAGAUCAAGAGACACCAAAACACUUGUCUUGCUUUGGCGAUCCAAACAUGGCCUUUUGUUCUUCUCCUCAUCCUAAUGAUCAAGACAAUGACGUACAGCUAUCAUAUCCAUACCUACGUACAAGUAGAUCAUCCGAUCAUCAAUCCGAAGUAUACAACAACGAGAAUGAUCUGUGGAACUUCACCAAAUCGUCGUCAUCACCGUCAUCAUCGGACCCGCUUUGCCACUUGUCGGUGUAAGGGAAGCACUUGAAACGACAUAUAUACUAUAUACGAUAUAUAGUAGCUUAACCUAUAAGAAAUAUAUAUAGGAAGUGCGUACGUACGUUUAUGUUUAAAUGAGAAUACUUGUAAUGAAUAAUAAAUAAUAAAUGAAUUAGGUGAUAACUGAGAUAGUGUGGCAUUGUCAUACCAUUAUCUUUACUUAAAUAAACAUGUCUUUCCAUUAAA